AUGAUCCCUUCUGACCAGCCCAGUAGCUCUGACUUGGAGGGCUCAGUGGAAGAGCUUAAGAUGCCAAAGCGAGGGAACCAAGAGGACCAGUGGGAUGAGGGAGGGCCUGAUGCUGCAGAGGCAGUUGCUGCCCAUGCUCCGGCAGUACCAGAGGCCACCCUGUCAGAACCUGAAAGUGAGCUCUUGCCACUGGCCUUGGAGAUAACCACUAAACCUCUGCCAGAUAAUGCAUGCCCGCUAUUGAAAACAGAAGGACACCAGUUUAGACGUAUCUACAAAGAAAACAUUGGCGUUUUGGGUUUUGAUUUAGCUGAAAGCUUCUCUUUGAGACAGAUUUCAUGCGGCAUUGGAAAACCCUGUUUUAAGUUGGGGAGUGUGCCUCUCAUCAGAGACUCUCAACAAGUGUUUCCAAAUGGGCUUCCAGAAGAGUAUUCCUUAACAGCCACAUUCCGUGUUCGUAGAAACAGCAAGAAAGAACGGUGGUAUUUGUUGCAAAUUUUAGAUCAGCGCAACAUGCCACAGGUUUACAUCGUGGUUGAUGGUUCAAAAAAAGUUGUGGAGUAUAUUGCACAAUCUCCCCAGGGGAAUUCUCUACGAUACAUUUUUAAAAGCCGUGAGAUCCUUCCUAUAUUUGAUCGGCAAUGGCAUAAGCUUGGCAUCAGUGUACAAUCAAGGAUCAUUUCUUUGUAUGUGGACUGCAGCUUAAUCGAGCAGAGGCAAACUGAUACAAAAGCCAGUCCUGACUUUCAAGGAAGGCUUCUUAUUGCUACUCGUUCUUUAGAUGGCAAGCCAGUAGAUAUUGAAUUUGGCCACAUGGUGAUUUAUUGCAAUCCUGAACUUGCUGCUCAGGAGACUUGUUGUGAGUUAUCUGAAAACAUGUGUCCUUUGGAAGAACACUUGAAAACUACUGCAGCAUCACCAUCAACUGUUCAUGUGGGUGAAAUACAUGCACUUCCAAUAAUGGAACAAAAACCUGAAGAAAAAUGCUUUUGCUAUCCAAACAAGGGAGAAGCAGGAUUGCCAGGAGUAGCUGGCUUGCCAGGCCAGAAAGGAGAAAAGGUUGGUGACAUCAUUGGUGAUGAAAAAGUCAAUUACCACAAUGGGCUUUUCCAUGCAUCGAACGCAUUACCACAUGAAACUACUUUAUACUGA